GGAAGGCGAAGUGGGUGCCGAGCAUCAUUCUGGAGAGGGUGUCGAAAUGUUUUCUCCGUCUGCCUUUCUGGAGGAAUAUUAGCCGCACUGCCGCCAUGCCGUAGACAACCCGCCGGGCGGUUUGAUGAAGCCUAACGGGGACUGCAGCAGGGAGGAAGCGGGGUGGCUGUAACCGAGGGAGGGAGGAUGUACUGGGCUGCUGGCUUCGCCUCUUCCCGGCCGUGUGUGGUUGAACUCGGGCGGAAUCACAGCCUGCCCCUCGGGCUGUGCGCCACCGAGCAGCAGCAGUCUUUGUAUGGCUAUAUCAUUACCUUCCCUCUACAGGACUACGGAGGCAUCAUGUCGGUUCUGGGCUCGGACUCCUGGUGGAAGAAGACCCUGUACAUCACCGGGGGGGCCCUGCUGGCUGCUGCAGCCUACCUACUGCAUGAGCUACUCGCCAUCAGGAAGGAGCAGGAGCUGGACUCUAAAGACGCCAUCAUCCUCCACCAGUUCUCCAGGCCAAAGAAUGGUGUGCCCAGCCUCUCACCUUUCUGCCUGAAAAUAGAGACGUACCUGCGCAUGGUGGAUCUGCCCUACCAGAACUACUUUGAUGGGAAGCUGUCGCCGCAGGGUAAGAUGCCCUGGCUCGAGUACAACCACGAGCAGGCUUCGGGGUCAGAGUUCAUCGUGGACUUCUUGGAGGAGAAGCUGGGUGUCAACCUCAACAGGAACCUCACCCCGCAGGAGAGAGCCGUGUCCCGAGCCGUCACCAAAAUGGUCGAAGAACACCUCUACUGGACGAUAGCUUACUGUCAGUGGGUGGACAACUUGGAGGAAACCCAGAAGCUUCUCGCGAUGAGCGGCCCGCUGAGCGACACACUGAAGUGGCUUCUGAGCCACCUGAACGGCAGCAUGGUGCGCAGAGAGAUGUACGGCCACGGCAUCGGACGCUUCUCCAAGGAGGAGGUCUACGCCCUGAUGGAGAAGGACAUGAGAACACUGGCCACACUGCUGGGAGAUAAGAAAUACUUUAUGGGCUCUAAGAUGUCAACAUUAGAUGCUACAGUGUUUGGGCAUCUAGCGCAGGCUAUGUGGACUCUACCUGGGACACGACUAGAACAACUUAUCAAAGGAGAGCUGAUCAACCUGGCCAUGUUCUGCGAGCGAAUGCGGAGGAGGUUCUGGCCCGAGUGGUUUGUGGAGGUGGAGGAUCUUUACUACGAUGGAGACAGUGAGAGCAGCGGCGGCGUGUCGCCUACAGGCCUCCUGGACUUUGGCCUCUUCUCCAGGACUGACACUCUGGACGACAGCGACGCCAGCAGCCACUCAGCGGGACACACUCACUCACACUCCCCCGACUCCGACCACUCGCUCUUUGACUCGGAUGUGGGCACGGGGUCUGACAAUGACAUUCAGCUUAAGGAGGAGUUAAUGCCGGACCUGGAGGUUUGACCUGAGAAAGGCCGUGAUUGGCUGACAGAUGGAGACUGACCGGAGGCUGGAACAAUCAGUUUUGUUUAAUAAACCUGGUUGGAAGAGCCUGUCCAGACAACAGCUCUCACAGCUGAAGAGACUAUUCCAGCUCCUCCACCUCCAAUACUCAACAUGUUACAACUCCCUGAUGGACAAACUGGGUAUUUAUAUGCAGAGCAUACAGACUUAACCUCAUAAUGCACAUGCUACUGUACUGUUUGUCCCCUCCCGUAACAUCAGAACGGCCCCUGUGGCAGUUUCUCUUUGCCUUAUUUGUCUCGUCCUAAGAUGCGGAAGCUGGUGAGAAAGGUUAACGCAAAGGAACCGUCUCAUGAAAAGUGCGGCAACGACAGAGGAGUGUUGUAGACACGACAAGUGGCACUUCACUUGCUAUGAAAUGACGCAACUAAUCACCACUCUGCCAUGUGUCUUAACGCACAAACCUAUUCAGACAGGUGGAGAUUGAUCGUGUGGCUAAAAGGAACAGCUGCUGUGGCUCAGCCAUUAACCCUCUAUGUGCUGGAGUGGAAACGCAGUUGAUACUGAGUGCCAGUUCACGCCGUAGAUUUGUCCUCACGUCAUCUCCUCUAUCUAUGCUACCGUAUGUGGGAAGAAUCUGUAUCAAAAAAAUGAUAUGUCUCCACCAGACCACAAGCCCAGGUCCACUUGUCGGCCGACUGAAUAUGAGUCAGGAGGAAAGAUGAGCAGACUUGUGCCUGUUUCAUUUACUGGUCAUCAUCCUUAUUUCUCUCCGUUAAUUAAUUAUUUGUUUGCACCUUGUUAUUGGUGAGCUUGGAGCUUUUGGUAAUUCACUUCAUGAUCCUUUAGAUCUUAUUGAAGAGCUGUAGUUUUUAUAUUUCACCACUAGAUGGAGGCAGCAGUCAGUUUGAUAUCUCCUUCAUUCUGUAACAUCAAGGUCAUUCCACCCUGAGGACCUGCAGUGGAUUUAACACAGCAAAUUAUUUCUCCCUCACUCCUAAACUUUAGUGUCCUGGUUCCCAUUCAUAGGUAACCUAUCUCUGUGUGUGUGUAUGUGUGAAUGCAUGUAUAUUUUGCAUGCAUACUGUGACUGAGCACAGCAACAGAUCAGCCUUAGUGCUCAGAGUCAAGGGUGAAAAUACUCUGCAACAGCUUUUGUUGGAAUAUAAUUUAUUAUCAGUGCCACUUGAUUAUUAUUCUUUCUAUAAGAACAUAUGUGUCAAAUAUAUAUUUUUUGUUAAUCCUUGCUUUUUUAUUUCUCUCAAAGAGAAAUGUUAUUUUGCACUAGUGGAAAUUUAUUUUCACCUUAUUUCAAUGGAAACAGUCUGCUGGGCGGAGGUAGACAACAGAAUAGGCCAAAUGAAUGGGAAACAUAAGUGUGUGUAUCAGUAGUGCAGGACGCUGAGUGUUCUGAUCAUGAUUGUGCUGUGAGGGGACAGUGCUGCUUAUGUUGGCUGUGUGUCCGAAUGUUACUCUGUGUGAAUGUCAUCAGUGAAGCAGUUGAUGGGAAAAGUCUUCUCAGAGACGCAUGAUACCAAAUCAAACAGGACUGAACAUCACUGAGUGAAAAACCCUGAGUAAAAAAUGGACCAAAAUGUGUCGGGAAGUGUUCACUUUUUUGUCUGUCAUGUUAAGCUUGGUGGAAAUGCUUGUAAUGGCAAUACAGUACCUAUGAUGGCUGUAAAAAAGAUUGUGGUGCAUAUAGAGUAGAUGUGACUUAAGUUAAAGGAUUCGUUCACCCAAAUUACAAAACAUAUUUUCUCAUGUACCUUUAGUGAUAUUGAGUCAUGGAGAUAGUUUUAUUUUUAUUUUUCAAGGUUUUGCCUUCAUCCCAAUGCAGUAGAGGUGAAUGGGAUUUCAUUUGUGGUGCUCACAGCAUUGAAUAUUGACAUUUGGAAAAAUUCAAAUUCAACAUGCAAACAUCUCUUGAAUGCCUGUUACUCUGGAUAAUACUCAACAUCUUGUCAUGAGCUUUCAUAGGGAGCAUUUCAUCAGAAAGGAGUUCAGAUGGAGACCGUUUAGAGUAAGGCUGUCAUAAAGAAGUACGUGUAAAUGAUUCAAAUGACUUUGAAUGCAACACAUAUAGUCUAAUCCCAACCUAUCUGGUAACACUUCAUUUGCAGUGCCUCCGCUGCCUCACUUGAGUGGCAAGCUGGCACUGUAAGGCAGUUGCUUUUUUUAUAAAGGCAGCAAACAGCCAUACCUUUAUCCAUAAUCUUUCUAUCUAUGCUAUCAAAUCCAAAAAUGCUUCCACACAUUAUUUCCCAGGUGGUUUGGUGUUAUCAUUAUCCAUUUGACACAGCUCCCCAGUGUACCUGCUCAUAUACUGUUAUUAUUGAGCAUGGAAGUUUAUUUUUGACUGUGACAGACAUUUGAAUUUGUUUUGAAAAGUUAGUGAUUCAAGCUGAGAUAUGUGACAGCCCUGGUUCCCACUGAGGUCUUUAGAUGAUUUAGACUAACAGGGACAUUAUUUUGGUAAAGGGAUGUUUCUGUUGAAUUAUUUAAAGCUGCUACAAUCACAAUUUGUACAGUAACAAAUGGACCAAAUGACGUAUGCGUAAUGUAUCACCAACUCCGCUGUGUUAGCCUUAGCUCUAUGAAGCAUUUUACCAUCUUUUACCUCUUUGUCUUCCUGUUUUGGUUUGCUCUCAUCAGCAUUGUUUACAGACGUAGCAGGCAGCUGUCUCCAUUGAAAAAGCUCUGAUAAACCCACCGUUCGCCAAACAGCAGACAGACAAGUUAGCGUCUAGCCGGUGAACGCGGUGGAGCCUUUAGCAGCGAAAGAGCCCCAUUUUUCCCUCAGGAGUCGGUAGAGAGCAAAACACUGAUAGAAAAAAAAAAAAAAAA